CUCUCUUUCUCUCUCUCUAUCUGUAUGUGUGAGAGAGAAAUUGAAAGAUGGGUAAUGGAUACAAUCAUCACCAAACUCUUCAUAAUCUUCAUCACAAGACCACAUUCUUGCCUCUGUUGUGUUCAAGGCCUUCAAUCAAAGAUGUGGCAAUACCCAGAUGGGAAGAUCGAUCUUCUUCAUCAUCAAACGAUCCCCUGUCACCAAGAAUCGGUUGUAUGGGUCAGGUCAAGCGAAAUGACAAAUUCAAUUUGGGAUUUCACCCAUCUCGCAAAGCAACUAAAAACAUCAACAACAACAGCAACAACAGCAGCCCUGUGAAGUACUUUAAGCUCAGGAAGAUUUUCUCAGGCAAGAAUUACAGUGUCAACACAAGUAGUAUUGCCACAUCCACGACCAAUAAUAACAGAAGAAGAAGAGGAGGGAGUUUUGAUUGUGGAAGUGAACCCAAGAUUGUUGAUGGUAAGGAGAAUUCUGGGUUUGUCAAUAUAGUUGAGAUGGACCCUCCAUUGCCUGUGAUUAGGAAAGUGAAACCAGCAACAUAUGGAGGAGGUGAAACGGCGGCAGAGAGUCUUUGGAAGAGGAGAUCUGGUGGGGUUGCAUUGCAGAGUUUGAGGCUUCAACAGAUUCAAAUCAAUAGACAUGGUAUUGAACCAACUACUGUUUGAUAUUGUUGACAAAUUAUAUAAGUAGUACUACAUAGAUUCAUUUUUAAUUUCUAAUUUUUUACAUCAAAUAGUUUGAUCGAGAAGAGUCUUACGGAUUCUAGUGUUUUUUUUUUAUCCCAGCAGUUUCAAAUUCUAAUAUGAACGCAAAC